AUGGAGCUGAACACGGAACUGCCCACGGAGCCGAUCGCGGUGUGGGAUAACAGCACAGCAUGGGAUGCCCUGCCCGGAACCAGCGGCAAUGAGACGGGACCGCCGAGAACCAAAAACGCCACAUCCAUCCUGAUCGCCAUCGUCAUCACCGCGCUGUACUCGGUGGUGUGCGUGGUGGGGCUGCUGGGCAACGUGUUGGUGAUGUACGGCAUCGUGCGGUACACCAAGAUGAAGACAGCCACCAACAUCUACAUCUUCAACCUGGCGCUGGCCGACGCGUUGGCCACCAGCACGCUGCCCUUCCAGAGCGCCAAGUACCUGAUGGAGACCUGGCCUUUUGGGGAGCUGCUCUGCAAGCUCGUGCUCUCCAUCGACUACUACAACAUGUUCACCAGCAUCUUCACCCUCACCAUGAUGAGUGUGGACCGUUACGUGGCCGUGUGUCACCCGGUCAAGGCGCUGGAUUUCCGCACACCGGCCAAGGCGAAGGUCAUCAACGUCUGCAUCUGGGUGCUCUCCUCUGUCAUUGGGGUGCCCAUCAUGGUCAUGGCAGUCACCAAGUCAAAAGCAGAUGGAACAGUGCUGUGCACGCUGCAGUUCCCCGACCCUCCCAUCUACUGGGACACGGUGACCAAGAUCUGCGUCUUCAUCUUUGCCUUCAUGGUGCCCAUCCUGGUCAUCACCAUCUGCUAUGGGCUGAUGAUCCUGCGCCUGAAGAGCGUCCGUCUGCUCUCAGGCUCCAAGGAGAAGGACCGCAACCUGCGGCGCAUCACCCGCAUGGUGCUGGUGGUGGUGGCAGCCUUCAUCAUCUGCUGGACGCCCAUCCACAUCUUCGUCAUCGUCUGGACGCUGGUGGACAUCGACAAGAAGAACCCCUACGUGGUGGCCAGCCUGCACUUCUGCAUCGCGCUGGGUUACACCAACAGCAGCCUCAACCCCGUCCUCUACGCUUUCCUGGAUGAAAACUUCAAGAGGUGUUUCCGCGAGUUCUGCCUGCCCUUCCGAGCUCGUGUGGAGCAGAACAGCUUCUCCAGAGCUCGGAACACCACGCGGGAGCGCGUCUCCACCUGCGCCCCGUCGGACGGCCGCGGCCAGCCGGCAUGACUAGGCGUGGGUGAGCAGCGGGGUGCUGGGGACGAGCCGCGCUCAGAGGUCACCCAGGAGACCACCACAGAGCUUUAGCCCUGCUGGGACUGAAUGCAGACAGACUGCGGAGAGUUUUCUUUUUGGUGGGGCUCGUUGAGCCAUGAGAGGACGCCCACUGCACACGUAGGGCUUGGGCUGCCUUUCUGCCCAUGGAAAACCCAUCGGUGAGCAGUGGUUUACUGGAGACCUCCAAGCCAACUCUGGCCCCAGAGAGGACCUUUGAGUUGAUACUACUGCUGCGUUAUUGGGAUCUCACUGGCAACCCUGCCCAUGGGUGCAAAGCUGGCAAUGCGGGCGCAGCAUCCCCAGCCCCACAGCAACGCUGCAUUCCUGCAUCCCACAGGGCAGCUCCCAUCCGUCUGCUGCCAGAGACAGCCAGCCCGAGGAAGAUCUCAUUACAGAGCAAUUGGUGGGUACUUGAGGAGUUUCUCGCAGCGCUAACGCGAUUAGGACGGCGCAUCCAUCCCUCGUCCUCUCCAGCACUGACAGUUUAUGCACUCACAGCCACGUGAGGCAGAGCCCAGCCCAGGGCUGGGGUUUUGUGCUCAGCACCAUGCGGAUGGAGCCCUGUUCUCCAGCAGCACCUCGAUG